GACAUCGUCCGUAUACUAUCUAGCGCCUCUUAACUCUAUACAUAGUAGCUAAGCUUGGAAUGUCUAUAACUUCUAUCAAAAGUAAACUGAAAAAGAUGGAAUAGCUGAGUUGGUAUCUCAACCGAUAAGAGUUGAGCGUAUCGUAUCGUACACAGCACCAGAUAGAUAAUCGAUAAGACGAACCCAACCAGCCUAACCCCCUGAUACUAUUAAUCGUUAGUGCCAAGCCCCAAAACGUUGACGUGGGCUGUUCCUUCUUCCCCACGUCCAUAGAUCCCUGCAACACCAAUUGAACGGCCGCGCCGUAAUGAGCGAAGUGCAGGGGUGCGACCUCAUGUUUAAUCGAAUUGACUUUUCAACCCUCAACCUAACGCAACCUUAAACCUUCAAAGACUUUUAGUCCCCCUAUUGGUUUUUGAUCUGGUCGAAUUAGGUGCAUAUUCCUCUGUCGAUUGGUACGUACCUAUCGUCACACCCGCUCUGCGUAUCGAAUUCCAUCUUAGAACAAACCUAUGUUACAUUACAUUACAAUCCAACAAUAACUAUCCUCCCUUGAUUCGCGAUUCUACGAUUGCAAUCGCACAUCUCCGAUAUACCCUCCCCUCAGCCCGCGGCUAUAUUGCGCCUACGCGCCCGCGCACGAACGAAUGGCGUCCAUCGUAGAGACCCAAUCCCCGAGCGCCAGCGGUGCCGCGACCGAAAUCGUACACAAGAACCUAUCGCAAGCAACACUACGCCCGAACCCGCCUCCCUCGCCUCCCGCAACCGAGACAGAUGCCGAGACAGAUUCAAACGCGUCGAAUGCGCCGCCACAGCCGGAACCUUCAACAACGGAUAUAUCGUCGCCAGAUAGCCGAGCAGAACAAGAUGAUGCGCCCGCGAUCUCGCCCGUAACGUCCCCGCCGUACUGGAUAAACACCCACUCUGCUCACCACGCGAGAGGAAUAUCCUCCCCGUCCGUCGAGUCCCUACCAGCCGGCGGAAUCACCCUACGCGACAACGAAAGCAGCAGCCUCGACGACCGGGGCAAUGCGUGCUGGGCCAGGAGCGUCGAGAUAACGGACUACGUCAUCGUGAACGGCAGCACGACUAACAUAGGCGCAUUCGUGGUGUGGAAUAUCAGAGUCGAGACGCUGAGCGGAAGCUAUAUGAACAUACGCAAGCGAUAUUCAGAGUUCGACGACUUCCGAUGGCGACUAGUGCGCACGUUCCCGAAUUUCGAGGCGGCGGUGCCCGAGCUACCGCCCAAGAGCAUGAUAUCCAAGUUCAGGCCGAGGUUUUUAGAGAGGCGACGAGCGGGUCUGCAGUAUUUCCUAAAUUGUAUACUAUUGAAUCCCGAGUUUUCCGGGUCGCCCGUCUUGAAAGAGUUCCUCUUCUCAUGACCGGCAGCCCAAACAGCUAGCUAGCUAGCUAGCUGGUCGGGUUACGGUACUUAGCGGGGCCACCGCACGAUCUCGACGCACGUCACGAAGUAAUGCUAAUUCUGUACGAACACAAUCGCUUGGAUGCCCGGGACGAUAAGGGGGGAGGUUUGGAUCCGGCCGGCUCAAGGGCGCCGGUAGUGUGUCACUA